AUGAUCGCGUCCUACAGCCGUCUCCUCACGGCCAUCUGCGCCCUGGCUAGCUCCGCUGCGGCCGUGACUCCCCUCAAGGUCCAAGGCAAGGACUUUGUGAACACCAAGACCGGUGCCCGGUUCCAGAUCCUCGGUGUUGACUACCAACCAGGCGGUUCCUCCGGUUUCAGCAAGACCCAGGAUCCUCUCAGUGACGGCGAUAUCUGCCUGCGUGAUGCGGCCCUGAUGCAGCGCCUCGGUAUCAAUACCAUCCGGGUCUACAAUCUGGAGCCCACCCUCGACCACAACAUGUGUGUGUCGAUCUUCAAUGCCGCCGGCAUCUACUUGAUCCUCGACGUCAACUCCCCACUCACCAAUGGCUACCUGGACCGCACCGCGCCCUGGACCACCUACACCAAUGCCUAUUACAAUCAGGUGUUCGGUGUCAUUGAGGCCUUCAAGUCCUUCGACAACGUGCUGGGUUUCUUUGCCGGAAACGAAGUCAUCAAUGAGGAAGCGACUCGCCUGGCUCCUGCCUAUGUGCGUGCUGUCAUCCGUGAUAUGAAGGAUUACAUCGCCAAGCAGUCGGACCGCGCGAUUCCCGUUGGUUACUCGGCCGCCGAUAUCCGCGACAUCCUGAUGGACACCGCGCACUACUUUGAGUGCGAGCUGGCGAACUCCACCAGCUCCCGCGCCGACUUCUUCGGUCUGAACUCCUACUCGUGGUGCGGCGAUGCCACCUACACCUCCAGCGGCUACGACGUCCUGACUGAGGACUUCUCCAACGCCACCAUCCCCGUGUUCUUUUCCGAGUAUGGCUGCAACGAUGUCAAGCCCCGUGUCUUCACCGAAGUCCAGGCUCUGUACGGCGUGGAGAUGACCCAGGCCUUCUCUGGUGGUCUGGUCUACGAGUGGACUCAGGAAGCCAACGAGUACGGGUUGGUGCAAGCCAACGACAACGGUACCAUUACCACCCUGAUCGAUUACGACAACCUGCAGAAGCAGUUCAACAAGCUGGAUAUGAGCCGUAUCUCGUCCAGCAACAGCUCCCAGACCAGUGUCACCCCGGAGACCUGCAGCGCCUCGCUGAUCAACAACUCCACUUUCUACAACGCCUGGAACCUGCCCGAUGCCCCCUCCAAGGUAUCGGACUAUAUCAAGAACGGUCUGCCCAACAAGCCCACUGGCUCGCUGGUCUCGGUGACUGCCACCACUCUCUCCGAGAAGGUAUACGACUACACUGGCAAGGAACUCACCGAUAUUGAGUUCAAGGUCCUGGCCAAUGACGAGUCCAACACUCCCUCCUCGUCUAACUCUUCGUCUUCCUCGUCUACUUCGUCUUCCUCCUCGAGCACCGCUACCCACAGCAACGCUGCUUCCUCCCUGAACGGCGCCCCGGCCAUGGCCCUGGGUGGUUUGAGCGGUUUCUUCAUGCUGCUUGCUUCGCUGCUGUAA